AUGACUUCUUGGCUCCGUAACAUGCGACAAGGCUUCAAUCGUCAGAACGAAGGCACCGGAAAUAUCAAUACGAGCCAGCAGAGAGCCAACGGCUCCCCAAAUCCUUCGCCGACUACCUUCUCGCCUACGAUGCCGCCUCUCAAUCAAUCUUCAUCAUUUUCAUCCAACACUGGCCUGAGCUCGGACAGUGUCGCCAGUAAUGCAGAACAACCCGCCGCAGCUGAGCCGCCUAAGUUUUUCUUUCGAGAAAAAUACGCCAAGUUAGGGGUGAAAGGCAACUUUAUGCCUUUAGCAGCUCAGCCUGCAAAUGUGGACCUUGCGGAUUGGCUCGCUCACCAAACUGUCGAGAACUAUCGCAUCGUCUCGACCAUUGGUCAAUGCAUCCAGGAAACAGACCACAACACUGGAAAGCCAGUGUGCAACUCCGACUCAUGCCCAAGAAUGGCUGCUGGACGCCACACGUAUACCUGGCUGGACCACAAGAAAGACCCGGUUGCCGUGUCGGCACCGCAGUACAUCUCUUUAGUCCAGAGGUGGAUGACAGGCAAGAUCCACGACCCCAAAGCGUUCCCUACCGAGACUCCUACUAGAUCCGCGGAUACGAACACGCCCGGCAGCGUGAAUACUGACGGUCGCGAUUGGAUUGGCAAGAGCGCAGGCUUUCCAGAGACAUUCCUCCACGACUGCCGCACAUGCUUUCGUCAAAUCUUCCGCAUCUACGCGCACCUUUAUCACUCUCAUUGGGUCGACCCUUUCUGGCACUUGAGCGGGCAGAACAACGGACAAGGUUGGACUGAUCUCAAUUCUUGCUUCGUCCACUUUUGCACAGUCGCCAAACUCUACGGCCUUCUCGCGGACCGGGAUGCGGAGCCGAUGCAGCCUUUGAUCGACGUUUGGAUUGCCAACGGGUCUAUUCCUGCCGACGCAGCAAAGGGCGCUUGCGCUAUUGUGCCGCCCCAAUAG